AAAAAAUGACGAGAGGAUAUUCAUUAGAACAAGAUUUAAGAUUUUUAAUAAAUAAUCCAAAAUACAGUGAUAUAGAAAUUUUAUGUGAAGAUGAAAAAAAAUUAUAUGGUUGUAGAGUAAUUUUAGCAGCAAGAUCUGAAAAAAGUUAUGAAACUCAAAUUUUUUUUCCAAAGAUUAAUUCUACUGAAAUGGAGAUUGUAUUAGAAUAUAUUUAUACAGGAUCAGUUAAAGAAGAAUCUUUAACAAAGGAUAAUAUAAUUGAAACUUUUUACGUUGCUGACUAUUUUCAAUUAUUGAACCUUCAGG